AUGAUAUUUUUGGUCAUUGGCGUUUUCACGCUCUUCUUCCUUUUCAAGGUGGCCGAGGGCGCUUUGCCUCAGCUUUUCCUUGUCCCUCCUAACCAUUGGCAGGAUAAGAUCACCAGAGUGAUCGAUAGCAAAAAGCCAAUCUAUUUGAAAGCUGGUAUCAAACGCUCGAGUUCAGAAAACGUUUGGUCGGUGCAAAAUAAGAUCGUCAUUUCUCCUACUGACAUUGAAGGAAAGGAUGCCUUUAUGGAGGCUCUCACUAGAAGAGACCCAAAGGAUCCACAAAGAAGCAGACUCUAUGGCUUCUUUCAUCCUUAUGCUAAUAACGGUGGUGGUGGCGAAAAGGUUUUAUGGCAGGCUGUUCAUGCUACGUUAUUGCAGAACAAGCAUAAUAUCGCUGUCAUUUACACAACCAAUGUGGAGGCCCUGCCAAAGGAAAUCUUACAGAAGGUCGAGCAGAAGUUUGAUAUCAGGGGUAUGGAUUCCAAGCGAGUUGUGUUCAUUUACUUGAGAAAGUUCAGUAAGUGGAUCGAUGCUGAUUCGUGGAAACACUUCACCUUAAUCGGUCAGCUCUUAGGAUCUCUUCUUUUAGCAGCUGAAGCAAUCUACGAAUUGACGCCUGAUGUGUGGAUCGACACAAUUGGCUUACCUGGAAGUUAUAUCCCCAUCAGUGUUAUCUUAAGGAUCCCUAUCAUGGCAUAUGUGCAUUAUCCUAUUAUUCAACCAGACAUGUUUAACAAGCUUAAGUUCCGGAAACUUUCGGACUUGGCUAAGAUUGGACCAAGCUUAGGAGAUGCUAUAGCCGUUCUUAAGUUCUUCUACUGGACUGCCCUUUAUUACUUCUACACAUACUUAGGCUCUUGUGUUGAUUUCACAUUCACCAAUGGUACGUGGACUUACAAUCACAUAAAAGCCAUAUGGAGUCUGAACAUCUACUUGGGAAAGACAAUUGAAAUCUUGUACCCACCAUGUGCUACCGAGAACCUCAUCCAAGGUGUGUCAUUUGAAACUCCAAGAGAGAAUAAGCUUUUAUACAUUGCACAAUUCAGACCAGAAAAGCGCCAUCUGUUGAUCCUUGAAGAAUACAGUGAGUUUUUGAAAAAGACUCAACAAGAGAAGCUUCCUUUGGCAGACAUCCCUACUGUUGUUUUCUUGGGUUCUUGCAGAACUCCUGAAGAUUCGGGCACACUCCGUAAACUUCGUGCUCAGACCAAGGAACUUGAAUUGACGGAGUUUGUCGAAUUUAUUGUUGACUGUUCAUAUGAUGAGAUGAGGGAGCAGCUUCAGAAGUGCAAGUUUGGUCUCAAUGCCAUGUGGAAUGAACAUUUCGGCAUCGGCGUGGUCGAAUAUGCAAUUUCUGGUGUUGUUCCUAUAGUCCAUGCUUCAGCUGGACCUCUCUUGGAUAUCUGCAACAGUGGAAGCCCAAGUUUACUGUGGGAAAAUGAUAUCGGCUAUUUCUUCAAGAGUCAGAGUGACCCAGACUACAAGGGUGAAAAAUUGGACGGCGAUCUUGUGUUUGACUUCAAAGGCGAGAAGGCACACUAUCCUACCUUGGAAAACGUUUUGGUCAAAGUCUUUAUCGAGAAGCCAGAACAAGCUCUGGAUGAAGCAUUGGCCAUCAAGAGGAGAGUAGGAAGCAAAAUCAUGUUGGAGAAGUUCUCCAACGAGAUGUUUGUCCAGAAAUGGAUGAACCAAUUGGUUGUUGCCGAACGUCUCGAAGAAACCUACCGUAUUGAAAAACGUGUUGCAAGGACAAUGAAGUUGGAAGUGACAAAACAGUUCUCGACCCGCUCGGAAAGAGUGAAGGGUAUCGAUUUCCACCCGUCCGAACCAUGGAUCCUUACGACCUUGUACAAUGGUAAGAUUGAAAUUUGGUCUUACGCAACCAACACGCUAAUUAAGCUGAUCCAGGUGACAGACUUGCCUGUCAGAUCUGGUAAGUUUAUUGCCAGAAAGAACUGGAUUGUGGUUGGAUCUGACGAUUUCCAUGUUCGUGUUUACAACUACAACACUGGAGAGAAGAUCACCCAGUUUGAAGCACACCCAGAUUACAUCAGAAGUAUAGCUGUCCAUCAGUCCUUGCCAUAUGUUUUGACCUCUUCUGAUGAUUUGACCAUCAAGUUGUGGAAUUGGGAGAACAAUUGGCGUUUGGAACAGACCUACGAGGGCCACCAGCACUAUAUCAUGAGCGUCAACUUCAAUCCAAAGGACCCUAAUACUUUUGCAUCUGCCUGUUUGGACAGAACUGUCAAGGUCUGGUCUUUAAGCUCGCCACAACCUAACUUCACUUUGGUUGCUCAUGACGAGAAGGGUGUUAACUAUGUUGACUACUACCCUCAAGCCGACAAGCCUUACCUCAUCACAGCCUCUGACGACAAGACCGUCAAGGUCUGGGACUACCAAACCAAGUCUUGCGUUGCUGUCUUGGAAGGCCACUUGGCCAAUGUUUCAUUUGCCAUUUUCCACCCAGAAUUGCCUUUGAUCGUGUCCGGUUCCGAGGAUGGAACUGUUAGAUUCUGGAACUCCAAUACCUUCAAGUUGGAGAAGUCUGUGAACUACGGUUUGGAAAGAGUCUGGUGUGUGGGUAUUUUACAAAAGUCUAACUUGAUUGCCGUGGGUUGUGACUCUGGUUACAUCGUAAUUAAGAUGGGUAACGAAGAGCCAUUAUUCUCGAUGGAUAACAAUGGUAAAUUGAUCUAUGCAAAGAACUCAGAGGUCUACUCGUCCGUUAUUAAGCCAACCUCUACCGAUGGCUUGAAAGACGGUGAGACGUUGCCAAUUCAGCAAAAGGAAUUGGGUACUGUCGAAAUUUACCCACAAACUUUGGCACACUCGCCAAACGGUAGAUAUGCUGCUGUUUGCGGUGAUGGUGAAUACCUCGUUUACACUGCCUUGGCGUGGAGAUCGAAGGCUUUCGGUAAGGCUUUGGACUUUGCUUGGAACACUCACGACAUGUCCAAUGCUACUUCUUUCGCUAUUAGGGAAAGCAAACUUUCUAUCAAGAUUUUCAAGAACUUCCAGGAGCAUGUGGCUGUCGACUUAGUCUAUGAAGCUGACAAAAUCAUUGCAGGCGCUUUGUUGGGUGUCAAGUCAAGUGGCCUCUUGUGCUUCUACGACUGGGAGACUGGUGCUUUGGUCAGAAAGGUUAACCUUGCUCAAAAUGACGUCCAGGACCUUGUUUGGUCUGAUAAUGGCGAAAUGGUCGCCGUCUUAACCACAGUCGCUGCGUCCGAGACAGGCGCUGGAACCAAUGCCGGCAAGAACGGUAACGAGACCUACUUCCUCAGCUUCGACCGUGCAGUCUACGAAGAAUCCUUGACUGACGGCUCGUAUCUUGCUUCUGAGGGUGCCGAGGCAGCCUUCGAUGUUCUUUACACCUUGCCUUCUUCUGAGACCAUCUUGUCGGGUAAGUUUAUUGGUGAUGUCUUUGUCUACACUACCGGAACUACCAACAGACUCAACUACUUCGUGGGUGGUGAAGUCAUUAACUUGAGUCACUUUGACCGUAAAUAUUACGUGAUCGGUUACAAGGCCGCUGAUGGUAAACUCUACUUGAUUGACAAGACCUUCAAUGUCAUUUCUUGGUACUUGAACGCUAAGAUCUUGGAGUUGCAGACAUUGGUAAUGCGUGGUGACCUUGAGCAAUACGCUAAGGGCUUUGUUGAGGAGGAUGUUCCUGACGUUUCUACCAUUGGUAAGGAGGACUUAUCAGGUGAGUAUGCCGAGUACUUGGAAGGCUUGUCAAAGACUGAACUUAAUCAGCUUUCAAGGUUCUUUGAGAAGCUCGGAUACUUGAAGUUGUCCUUCUCCUUGUCGCAAGACUUCGACUCGAAAUUCCAGAUCGCAUUGUCCACUGGAGAUUUGAACAAGGCAUACGAAUUGCUUGCAGAGAGCCAAGAGCAGAACCCUCUGACUGCCUCCGCUAACACAAUCAAGUGGAAGAAGUUGGGUGACUUGGCCUUGGAGAAAUGGCAAAUCAAACUUGCGGAGGAUUGCUACUGGUUAGCCAAGGAUUAUUCAUCAUUGUUACUCUUGCUUUCAUCAUCCAAUAACCAAGAACAGUUAACGCGUCUAGCCGAGACCGUGGAAGGCUUGGGUAAGUACAACAUCGCAUUCCAAUCUUGGUGGUUGACAGGAAAUGUCGAGAGAUGUCUUAACUUGUUGGUGAAGACAGAACGCUUCACCGAAGCAGCAUUCUUCGGCCGUACUUAUGGUAUCAGCGAGAGCAAGCUACAGGAGAUUGUCGCCUCUUGGAAGAAACAAUUAGAAUCUAAAGGCAGGGCCAGAAUAAGCCCUGCUCAGGACGCCUUGAUCGAUCUUGAGGACAACAAGCAUACUAUAGAUGACGACCUUCUUGAUGAUGAAGAAGAAAUCUAUACCCAAGAGGAGCCUGCUGACGGUCCUUCGGGUGUCGAGAUCGAGGUAUAG